CAAACACCCGACAUGUCACUCGAAUGACGUUUGCGACCACUGAAGUACCAAGAAAAUAGAGUGCGACAUAAUUGGGUCAAAAAUCACAAUUUUACAGCUAAAACGCCUCAAGACAACGAUCAGGGGCCGUUUUUGAGGUUAGGAUGGAGCUGGACUACCAAAUGGCGCUCAUUUUGCAGCACAGGUUUGAACAAGAAGCUGGGCAAACCGAACAGUCUGAUUCUGAGUUGGCCAAACAAUUGCAAGAACAGUUCGAACAGGAGGCUGCAGUUGAACAGCCCCCUUCUAGUCUUGUCUAUCACCAGCCUAAAAAGGGGUCCGACUCGACCAAAUCACUCAUAGACCCCUCAUGGGAGCUCGUGGACCCCACCCCCGACAUACACAACCUGUUCAUAGCUUUUGACCAACGUUUUUUUUGGAAUAAAUUGGUGGCGGUUUGUGUCUCUUGGAGCAAGAAAAUGACUUCGUGUGCUGGCAUUUGCUCGUAUAGUGGCAGAGGGGGGCUUUGUAGUAUCACCUUGAGUGAACCGUUACUUAAAUUAAGGCCCAGGAAAGACUUAGUUGAGACUCUUCUUCAUGAAAUGAUUCACGCUUAUUUAUUUGUAACCCAUAAUAAUAGAGACAGGGAUGGGCACGGGCCCGAGUUUCAUAAACACAUGUACCGGAUCAAUAACGAGGCAGGGACUAGUAUUACCGUUUACCAUAACUUCCAUGAUGAAGUUCGUUUAUAUCAGCAACACUGGUGGCGCUGUGACGGACCUUGUCAGCACCGGAAGCCCUUUUUUGGCAUGGUCAGAAGGGCCACAAAUAGGGCUCCGGGGCCCAAUGAUAGGUGGUGGGCAGAGCAUUUAAGGACUUGCGGUGGAACCUUUAUUAAAGUCAAAGAACCGGAAAAGAAGAAACAGGAGAAGAAGAAUGAAACGAAAAGUGUGAAGAGUAAAGAUAUUAGAGAUUUUAUGGGUGGUAAUGUUAAAGGUUUCAAAGACUUGAAAAAUGGCGUUGUUAGGGGAAAAAGCAACUCAUCAAGCACUAUAGUAGUCACUAAAAACACUAAAACUAGUGAAACUACUUUCAAACCGACGAUUUUUAAUGCCAGUACUAGUACUAUUUUGAAGACUGAAACAAAUAGCUCUAGUGCUAGUACUAGUACUAGUACUAAACCGAGUGAUGAUUAUGUAGCUGUUCGAAAUCAUUGGGCCAACAAAUUCAAUAAUGCCAAUAAAAGACAAUCAUCCGAAGAAUCAUCAACUGUUUCCAAAAUUCCGAAAUUGUUUGGGUCUUCGCCUACUAGCACCCAAAAAAAUCCCAAUUCUGGUGAAUUUUGUGAAUGUCCUGUUUGUCAUCAAAGGGUGCUGAUGGCUGAUUUGAACCAACAUCUCGAUCAAUGUUUGCUUAAAUCACCAGAAGAAAGAGAAAGUGUUGAUCUUACUGAUUCUUUCCAUGAGGAGGAAGAUACAAAAGAAUGUCCACUUUGUAACAAAAAAAUUGUAGCUUCCAAAUUUGACACUCAUGUUGAAAAGUGCCUAAUGGAGGUUUAUAACGGAGUUGAGGAAAAGUUGGCUGUUCCAAAAGCCCAAGAAGAAACGGUUUCGUGUUUAGCUUGUGGUAAAAAAAUCGUAAAAAGUGAGCUUAAUUCGCAUUUGGAUGAGUGUAUGGUUGACAUUUUCGAUGACGAGGAAAGUAAAGAUAAGGAAGUUUGUGAUAAGAAUAAUUCGCAGUUUAAUUGUCCAUUUUGUUUGAAACUGGUGGAAGAGAGCGAAAUGAAGGAACAUAUUGAUGGGUGUUUGAUGGCUGAUAAUCUCGCCGAGGCUUUUGCAGAUGAUGAUUUUUGAUUGUUAAUUAUUUUUGUUUUUUUUAUGCCAAAUAUACAUACUUUUUCUAAC